UUUUUUUUUGCCUUUCUCAACAAGAAGACGCGUCCUUUCCAAUUACUCUCCAUGCAUUGCUUAAAACACCAUGCAAGAAAUUCCGGGUUACUACUUUGAUCCGGCCAAAAAUCGCUAUUUCAAGAUCAUGCCUUCGGGCCCCCACAGUCUAGCUGCAAUCCGUAAAGCACAAGAAGAAGCCGAACGAAGCAAAGCUAAAGCUAACAUUACCAAAGUGCAACGAUUCAAACCUCUACCACCACCCAGCACAAUUCGCGAUCAAAGCGUUUAUCGAUAUAUACGGUCGAGACGCAACACAACUCAAUAUUUCAGGAUCAUCAUUAUCGCGUGCAUGUUGUAUGGACUUUCGAGACGGAGAUGCAGUAAUAUGUUAUCCACAAGGCUGCCCAAUGCGCUUUAAAUAUCAAUGCGAUCCAUUUUACACCAUGUGGAACACGCAUUUUCCAGCGCAUGUUUCCGCGGAUGUCACGUCACUUCACCUGGGCAAACGACUGUUGGAAUACAAUGGCGAGCUGCGGCGCCCGGUAUACGGCACGACGGAAAUGAGUGCACAUCAUAGUAAGGCGCAACUGUGGCGCUUGUCAAUGCCUUCGCUUGCAGAUAUGGAUCCCGAACUCGCUUUAUUUCUACGCGAGCAUCAACAAUCACCUCAUCGAGACUCAAGAACAGCAAGAACAGCGCCAGUGGUUGCUGUUGGUAAUCAACAACAGCCAGAUGAUACCGCUGCAGUGACGAUGGACUGCACCUUUUCAUUACGACGCAACAAUUUUUGGACCUGCUCUGUAGACGAUGACAAUAACUCGCUUGUCGUCGGAUGCGACACUGGAGCAUACAUGUUGACAUCGACAUUCAAUAUCCUUGGCCGUGCAACGGCACGUACAGCAGUGCUUGCGAGCUCUUGUAUACCUGACCGGCCCGGCUUGGCAUGGCUAGGCUGUCGCGACAGUGAGGUGAAAAUGUUUGAUCCUCGCAUUCACAGCAAGCAGAACCUUCGUUUCAAGCAUUCAUCUUUGGCUAUCGCGCAUCUAAAAGCGCUGGAUUCGUACCGCGUACUAGCUAUCGAUGUUGGUGAAUCGCUAGCCAUAUGGGAUAUGCGGUUCAUGGCGAAUAAUAAACGCAAUCGUCCACUCCGUCGACUCAAGGGUCAUGUAAAUACUGCAGGCACCCGAAUUGCUUGUGAUGUAAAUCAAACGAAACAGCUAUUGGCAUUGGCAGGAAAUGACCAUUGUGUACGACUAUGGUCGUUAAACGAUUCGCUUUGUUCCUCGACUGUCAAUAGCAACCAAAACUUACCCUUCUGGGAAUCGCAAAAGUUUGGUGACGGUCCAGUGCAAGCGGUCCAAUUUAUUGACGAUCCUCCACCGAUGGCGAGCGCAUGGGAACAGCUGCCAGCUAUGUCCGAUGACCGACAAAACAGAGCACCAGGGCUUGUUGUUGCAGCGCCAGUGGAUGCUAAUUCUUCUUCAUCGACAUCAUCAUCAGGUAUCCAUUGGUUGACAUUAUAGAAAAAUUACAUCAUAUUGUACAUAUAUACCCUUUUCGACUAGCUCCACUUCCAUCGCUUUGUAUGCCUUUAUAAAAUGUGUAUAAGCAUCAACAUCCGUCCAUAUACAAAGAUUAGCAUAUA